AUGAUGGAGGCGAAGAAUACGAUGACUGCGAUGGCGACGCCGGCGAUUGCGCCACUGGAUAAUGCCGGCGAGGAAGAGAUGGCGGAUGUGGAGGACGAAGGGGUGGACAUGGACGUUGCAAGAGGCGUUGCGCUUGGAGUGGAUACUGGUCCAGCUGAGGCCGAAGAUGGUGAUGGCGAUGGUGACGGAGAAGGGGAGGGCGAUUCGAAGUUCUCCACCACACUGAGCAUGUCGUCUUUGAGCGGUUGA